GCGCCAUCGACUAAAAACAAGGCUGUAAUUCCUAAUUCCUAUGCCGAAACACAAAAUGCCCCGACCACUCCGACCUCUUUUUUCCCCUUAACUGCAGCAUCCAACGUCCGCAUCAUUUGCAUGGUUCCGUUGCUUUGCACGGCCGCUUCGAAAGUUCCACCCCACCUUAAAGUCCGAAAUCCGAUAGCAUUGGAACCUUCCAAUGUCGUGACAGCCAACAGCAAUGGUGCGCUCGACCCACCGCGUGGGCAGCAUGGCCGGGCAAGCUCUUCCGCAAUGGGAACGGGGAUCAGAGAAAUUGUGUCGUUCAUAUAAAGAGCAGCAGUCGGCCCCGUCCCUGUUUCUGCUGCCAGGAACCUCCUCGAUAGGCCUCAAGCAAAACAAGACGCACUGCCUUGCCAAGCGACCCUCCCCGAAUUCCUCUUCGUCAAGCACCGUCACACCAUGUCCGACCCGAUCGUUCCCACGGCCUACGACCCCAAGGGCAUGAAGUUCCGCUACCUGGGGAACACGGGCCUCCAGGUAUCGCUCUUCUCGCUCGGUGGCUGGCUCACCCUCGGCGGCACCGUAAAGGGCAGCAACGUCAAGGAGAUUCUGAAGACCGCUUGGGACCAUGGCAUUCAAACCUUCGACACGGCCGAGGGGUACGCCAACGGAGGGUCCGAAGUUGAGAUCGGCAAAGCCCUGCAGGAGCUCGGCUGGCCUCGGGACGAGUACGUCCUGACGACCAAGAUCUUCUUCGGCACGGGGCGCAAGGAGCCCAACACGCGCGGUCUCAGCCGCAAGCACAUCAUCGAGGGCCUCAAGGCGUCGCUCAAGCGGCUGCAGACCCCUUACGUGGACGUCGUGUUCGCCCACCGGCCGGACCCGGCCACGCCCAUGCUCGAGAUCGUCCAGGCGUUCACGCUGGCCAUCAACCUGAACCUGGCCUACUACUGGGGCACGUCCGAGUGGAGCGCGGCGCAGAUCACCGAGGCCAUCCAGCUGGCCGACAAGCACAACCUGAUCGCGCCCGUGGUCGAGCAGCCGCAGUACAACGCCUUCCACCGGGAGCGGUUCGAGGUCGAGUACGCGCCGCUGUUCCGCCAGCACGGCUACGGAACCACCAUCUGGAGCCCGCUCGCCAGCGGCCUGCUGACGGGCAAGUACAACGACGGCAUCCCGGAGGACUCGCGCUUCGCCACCAACAAGGACUUCUUCGCCAACACCGUCAAGGAGCUCCAGUCGGAGCAGGGCCAGGCCAAGAUCGAAAAGGUCCGCAAGCUGACCAAGAUCGCCGAGCGCCUCGGCGCCUCCGUCACCCACCUCGCCAUCGCCUGGGCCGCCAAGAACCCCAACGUCAGCACCGUCAUCCUCGGCGCCACCAAGGUCGAGCAGGUCAAGGACAACCUCAAGGCCCUCGACCUCAUCGACAAGCUGACGCCCGAGAUCCUCGACGAGAUUGAGGGGGUGCUGCAGAACAAGCCGAAGCCCGUCAACACGUUCGGGCGGGACAGGAACUAAUUAGACGUUGGAGAAGGGGGGGGGCAUUGGUACCUAAAUAAAUAGAGAGGGUAUUAGAAUUGGGGGAUGCUUGUUGUUAAAGAAUAUAAAGAGAAACCGGGCUUAAUACCUAUGCUAUUAGAUCAACCCAAUCUCUGCUUAACAACCUACCUACCCAUCCUUCUUGACCUGCUGAUUCCACGUGCAAUCGGGGUCCUCGCGUGAGCGACUGACGAC